AUGAAGGCCUCCUCCUUGGCUCUGCUGGCCCUGCUGCUGGUGGCUGUCUGGACUGGAAGCCAGGGCAUGUCUUUCCGCAGCCUCUACGACAAGUGCUGCUACAAGGGCAUGUUCGUCAAGAAGAAAAUCCCUGCCAUCUACAUCAAGGGCCACCAGAAAACACCUUCUCACUGCUCUCACAAGGCUUUUCUUGUGGAGCUGAGGAAGGGGAACAAGGUCUGCGUGGCCCCAGAGGAGAGAUGGUUUCAGGAGUACCAGUGGCAGAAGGGGUCGACCAUCACCUCCAAGUGA